UGCGAGUUUGUUCUAUGCAGUUACGAGAAAAACAACGUGACUUUGUCAGAGAAUGGCCGACGGAAGAUUUUACGCAGUCGUUGAAUUUGAAGAUGGUCCUCAAAUGAUUCCAAACAAUUGGUUGGAUAUAUGUGUAAUGAAAGCCGUUUGGCCAAAUUUUACAAAUUACAAACGAUAUGACAAAGCGGUGAAGUUAAUGGAAGAGCCGGAAUCUACUUGGAUUAAACAUCCCAUUCGAAAAAUAUAUGGAAUAUAUACUGAUUAUGCAGUGGCACAGCAAAAGUUAAAAGAAACUGAAAAACUGUCAAAUUUAAGUGCCAAUACCAAAAAAGAAGAGUAUCUUAAAAAAACAAGAAAAAUUAGAGCUGCUAAACUCUUGGACAGUGAUAGUGAUGAAGAACUGUCAGAUGACAAUUCUAUUAAAAGUCUAAAACUUUCUAUAAAAAAACGUUGUUCCACAUGUCUCUCUACGUCAGUUGCAAAAAAACAGAAAAUCGCAAAAAACGCACAAGAAGAUUUGAAUCGCAUUCACGAUACAGAAUGUCUAAGCACACAGAAUAUUAUAACGUUAGAUGAUUGCAACAUAAAAAAAGAAAAAGAAGAUGAAUUAGCUUCACAAAGUAUAUCCUUUGUCGACAUAGAAGACAUCCAUUCUGGAAAUAAUGAUAAUGAUAAUAACAAGGAUCCACUCUCAAAUUCAAACUUAAAUAAAAAACAAGAUCGACAAUGUGAUAAAAAUUUCUCUACCGUUGAAGAAAAAAACGAAGAUGAUAAUAGUGAGUCAUUAGCAAUGCCAAGUUUCGAACAAAAACUUGACAAUUUUCAAUGUUUUGUCAUACGGAAACUAAUAAAUAUAGAAAAAACUUUAAAAGUAAUAGCAAAUGAUAUGAACAUAUUUCAAAUGACUGUUUUCCAAAAGCUUGCAAUUUCGAAGAAUAUAGUAGAAAACGAAGAAAAUAUAGAUGUUUUUGCUGAUUUACCACUGAAAGAUGAAAAUGAUUUAAAAAUAAUGGAGAGAAAAUUAAAAGAUGAUCCAAAAUAUCGAAAUCAGAUGAUUAAACAAUUGAAUCGUAAAACGUGUGGACAUGUUAGAUCAUCUUGCAUACGAUUGAUAAAAGUUAUAUUAUCAAACAAACUGGCAUUAGAAUAUAGUUGGUAUGGAGCGAAAAAGAAACUAGUUUUCUCAGCACUGGAGAUAUGCAAAGUAAUGAUGAGUGUAUUACGACAUUCACAUCCAAAUGCAACAGACGAUGAACUUACAAACCCUAUUAAAGUAUGGUUAGCCCAUGCAAAAGAACGCUUGAAUAGAGUAAAAGAACUGCAAAAAGAAAUGAAUCAUUGAUAUAUGUAUAUUAUACUUUAUUUUAUUUUUCUUUCUUUUUACAAGCAGAAUAAGUGCUACUUUUCGUACUUCUAUUCAAGUUCUAUGUUAUUUUCCGUAGAGCCUUUUGAGCAAAGAAUAAUUAAGUGCCUUCGAUCUCUUUUACAAAUAUAAUACACACAUACAACAUAUAUGUAUAUUAUGAGUGUUUCCAAUAUCCCUAGAUACUUUCGUGCACACAGCGAUACUAGUUGCGUUCCAAUUUUCCAUUAUCGUCAACACAACACUACACACAUCUGUACUCAGCCGAGGGCCGUGUAAGCGUGUGUUUUCUAGUGAAAUUUUUACAUAAUUAAUUAUUGAUUAUGUUAAUCGAAAUUUAAUUAAAGAUACCCUAAAUGA